GGAAAGGUCGGGAGCAGGCCGACUCGAGAGACCGAAGCCGCGGCUCGCCGAGAGCCAAAGAUGAACUUGAAAACGGGACUCGCCCUCCUGCCCUUCGCCCUCUGGAUCCAGACGGUCGUCGCAGUCACGUUCAAGGAUCUGUACAGGCGGGACGGGGAGGAGAUGGGCUUCGUCGAGAGGUGGAUGCCGGCCGUCCACUUGGCCGAUUCGAUCGUGGAGAAUUUCCUCCGAGAAUCGCCGUGCGGAUCCUCCGAAUCCGGCGAGGGAGUCUGCAGAAAGAAACGGGACGCGACCCAGGCGAAUCCGAUAUUCGGCCCGAACUCCCGCGUCCGGGGAACGACCCCAUCUUCCUUCUACAUGUACAUCGAGUACUCCUUCACCAUGUUCGGCUUCGACAUCCCCCUGCCCUACCCGCCCGGGGAGAAGGCGGGCAUCGCGUCUCCAGGAGACAAGGAGGUCGCCAAUUAGUCUUAUCCCAGAGUAUCGAGCAGUUGAUAAAAUAGACGAG